AUGUCUUUGGGACGACGUCCACGACGGCCAGCGUUGUCGAUAGGAGUAGUAGUUACUCUACUGUUGCUUUUUAUUGCACCCAGCCUUGUUGUUGGUGCUGCUGCACUGCCGUCAGCUACACCCAACAGCGAGUCGCAGUUUCUUAGGCUCCCACUCAAAGGCACUACUCGCCCACUCGGUCUAGCCCGUAGAAGUAAACAGCAUUUGGUCAGCCGACAAAAGCCUGUCUGGGUACCUGGUCUCUAUGACUACGAAAUUACGGUGCCACCCAUUCCUGUCUCCAUCGGCAUAUCCCUUCGUGAGUUUCUGCUGUUAUUCGAUACAGGCAGCUCUGAUACAUGGGUUUAUCUCCUGAUUGCGGUACAGAAGAUGGUUUAUGUAACCUCGACCGAGCUCUACAACCCAACCAACUCAUCCACCUAUGCUUCAACAAACUACGACUUUAGUAUUACUUACGGCUCUGGCUCAGCUGACGGUGUGUAUUUCGCCGACACGGUACUGAUAAGCAACGCUACACUACCCAAACAGAUCUUGGGCGGCGUGCAUACUAUGGCAGGCAUACUGAUACAACAAACCGGCUUUGAUCCUGUUACUAUCGAUGGGCUUUCUAGUGCCGCAUUCCCUGCCAUCACAGUCAUGUAUGCCGACUCAGCCAAAUGGACUGGUUUUGUUGUGUUUGAUGGUUAUGAUUGUACUCUUGUUGACACUUCCGAAGAUAUGGUGUUUACCGAUAUGAUUCCCAAAGUGCCUCGAGGUAGCAGCGACGAACGAAACUUGACUUUCCCACAGCAGCAACAAUUCUUAAUUGACACAGGCACAAACUACAUAAUCAUACCGGAAGCAGAUGCGGAUAAGCUUGUCAGUGCAUUGAUUCCAGACGCAGUCAAAGACGAUUUGAGCCACUUGGUUAAUGUAAUGGCUGUGACCCAAAAAACACAAUCACCAUCAAGCUCCCUCGACAAGGCAAUUCUGGCACUAUCUUUGCUACGACGAGCAUAGCCGGUCUCAUUUAUUUCGAAGGUGGAGCUAGCUCUAAGUGUCGCCUAGUAAUCCAUCCGAGUAGUGAAG